AUGUACUCCCAUCUUUGACAAAAAUAUACAGUCAAAAUGUUAGCCAUCUAACUGGGACUAAAUUAAAAAUAUCCAUUUGUUCACCAACAGAGAUCGAGAACCAUGGGUUCCACAGGCAGAAUCUGCUACAAAGAUGUACUCCCAUUCACAGCAAUGGUGCUGAUCGAGUGCAUUAUAGUAGGCGGAAACACCUUAUUCAAAUCAGCCACUUCUCAACCCAUCAAUUCUUACGUUUUCACCACUUACGUCUUCAUCGUCGGCUUCUUCUUCCUCAUCCCUUGUGCUUUCAUCGUCCGCAGAAGAUCAAAUACCCAUGUGCUGAAACUAUCAAUUGUUGUCAAGCUUGUUCUUCUUAGUUUAAUUGGGUACUUUUCUCAGAUAUUUGGAUAUGUUGGUAUCGAGUAUAGUUCUCCAACACUUUCCUCAGUUAUGAGCAAUCUGGCACCUGCUUUCACCUUCAUACUUGCAUUCAUCUUUAGGCUGGAAAGAUUGAAUUUUAGAAGCUAUACUAGUCAAGCAAAAAUAGUGGGAACAAUAGUGUCAAUAUCGGGUGCGCUUGUAGCGACCCUGUAUGAUGGUACAUCGGUCACCAUAUCAUCGGAAUCAUUAAGCUUAAAUUGGAUUAUUGGCGGUAUUUUGCUUGCCAGUCAGAACUUUCUACUUUCAUUCGUAUUGGUUUCCCAGGCACAUAUCAUGAUCCAGUAUCCAGUGGAACUAAUGGUUGUUUUCGUAUUUGGGUUAAGCGGGUUGAUUGUAGCCGCAUGUGCGGGGUUAAUUAUGGUGAGAGAUUUAGAUGCUUGGAAACUAAAACCCGAUAUGAUGUUGGCUUCGAUAAUUUACAUGGGCAUCUCUACUGGAUUUCUGAACGGUCUGAUUCAAAUAUGGGCUCUACGGUUGAAAGGGCCGGUCUAUGUAGCCAUGUUCAAGCCAUUUUCGAUAGUGAUUGCCGUUGUGAUGGGUGUCGUAUUCCUCGGUGAUUCUCUCCAUCCCGGAAGUGUUGCUGGGGGAAUAAUAAUAUCUUUAGGAUUCUAUGCUGUGUUAUGGGGAAAAGCCAAAGAAGACGGCGGUGUUCGUUACAAGGAAACAUCGUCCACCCAAACGGAAACCAGCCCAUUGCUGCAAGCCCAUGCUCUCGAAGAGGGCGGGCCACAGAUUUGACCCUGACGUUUAAACUUUAAAGAGAGAUUCUUUCUACGUACCAAAACAAGUUAAGUUGGUUUGUAUACUUGUACUUGUAUAUGCACCAGAAAUCAAGGUUGGGGGUUGUUCUUGAAUUAAUAUAACAUGUGAAGAAUUUGUAUAUGAUUAUACAUGGUGCGUUUGGUUGAUUUGAUUAUCAAAA